GGAGGCACAGCGCAGAGCGCACGGCUGCUCUGCUCCCGUUCCUGCUCCUGCUCCUGCUCCGUCUCCUGCUCCCCAUCGGGCUUGCGCUCCAGAUCGCGCUCCGGCUCCGGCUCCGGCUCCGGCUCCCGCUCCAGCCCGGGCUCGGGCUCGGGCUCGGGCUCGCGCUCUUGGUCGUGCUCCCACUUCGGUUCCAGCUCCAGCUCCGGCUCGGGCUUCAGCUGCCGCUCCGCGCCCGGCGAGCCAUCCCUGAUCCCUCCGGCGACAGGGAGGCGGAGUAGGGCCAGGGAGAGCUGUCAGGAGCAGAGCUAUGAUGUCGUCCUACAAGCGGGCCACGCUCGAUGAGGAAGAUCUGGUGGACUCCCUCGGGGAGGGCGAGGUGUAUCCCAAUGGCAUUCAGGUGAAUUUCCGAGGCUCCAGGAAUGGCCGGAGCUGCUGGGCCGAGAGAACUCAUAUCGAAAAGCGCCUUUCCGUGGUGAUUGGCCUUUUGGUGCUGGGGCUGUUGGCAUCCCUGGCAGUCUUGACCUUCCAGUACAAAACUAGACCCCUUGCUCUGUGCCUGAGUGAAGCUUGCAUCUCAGUGACCAGUUCCAUCCUGAGCUCCUUGGACCAAACAGUGGACCCCUGCCAAGACUUCUUCAGCUAUGCCUGUGGGGGCUGGAUAAAGGCCAAUCCUGUGCCUGAUGGCCACUCCCGAUGGGGGACCUUUAACAACCUCUGGGAACACAACCAAGCCAUCAUGAAGCAUCUCUUGGAAAACACCACCGCCAGCACCAAUGAGGCUGAACGCAAGGCCCAGCAGUAUUACCAGGCUUGUAUGAACGAGUCCAAGAUCGAGGAGCUGAAGGCCAGGCCUCUGAUGGAGCUGAUUGAGAAGCUUGGUGGCUGGAAUAUCACAGGCCCAUGGGACAAGGACAACUUCCAGGAGACCCUGCAGGUGGUCACUGCUCACUAUCGGACUUCUCCUUUCUUCUCUGUCUAUGUCAGUGCCGACUCAAAGAACUCCAACAGCAAUGUGAUUCAGGUGGACCAGUCUGGUUUAGGCUUACCUUCAAGAGAUUAUUAUCUGAAUAAGACAGAAAAUGAGAAGGUCCUGACAGGCUACCUGAACUACAUGGUGCAGUUGGGCAAGCUCCUAGGAGGAGGAGAUGAGGAUUCUAUUCGUUACCAGAUGCAACAGAUCUUGGACUUUGAGACGGCACUAGCCAACAUCACCAUUCCCCAGGAGAAGCGCCGGGAUGAGGAGGUCAUUUACCACAAAGUAUCCGCUGGAGAUCUGCAGAUUUUGGCACCUGCCAUCAACUGGAUGCCCUUCCUAACGAACGUGUUCUACCCCGUGGAGAUCAAUGAAUCAGAGCCUGUGGUGGUCUAUGCCAAGGAAUACUUGGAGCAAGUCUCCAACCUUAUCAACAACACAGACAAAUGCCUCCUGAACAACUACAUGAUCUGGAACCUGGUGAAAAAAACGAGUCCUUUCCUGGACCAGCGCUUCCAGGAUGCCGAAGAGAAAUUCAUGGAAGUGAUGUACGGGACCAAGAAGACGUGCCUUCCACGAUGGAAGUUUUGUGUGAGUGACACAGACAACAACCUGGGCUUUGCCCUGGGCGCCAUGUUUGUGAAAGCCACCUUUGCCGAGGACAGCAAGAACAUAGCCAGUGAAAUGAUCUUGGAGAUCAAGAAAGCAUUUGAAGAAAGCCUGAGCACCCUGCAGUGGAUGGACGAGGAUACACGGAAAUCAGCCAAGGAGAAGGCAGAUGCAAUCUACAAUAUGAUUGGCUACCCCAACUUCAUCAUGGAUCCCAAGGAGUUGGACAAGGUCUUCAAUGAUUACAAUGCCGUACCAGAUCUUUACUUUGAGAACGCCAUGCGGUUUUUCAACUUCUCAUCCAGAGUCACCGCAGACCAGCUCAGAAAAGCUCCCAACAGGGAUCAGUGGAGCAUGACUCCUCCCACCGUGAACGCCUACUACUCGCCCACCAAGAAUGAGAUCGUGUUUCCAGCUGGAAUCCUGCAGGCUCCAUUCUACACCCGCACAUCCCCCAAGUCACUGAAUUUUGGUGGAAUCGGGGUUGUUGUGGGUCAUGAGCUGACUCAUGCCUUUGAUGAUCAAGGUCGGGAAUACGACAAAGAUGGCAAUCUUCGUCCCUGGUGGAAGAAUUCCUCGGUGGAGGCGUUCAAGCAGCAAACUGAGUGCAUGGUGGAGCAGUACGGCAACUAUACAGUCAACGGAGAGGCCGUGAAUGGCCGCCACACCCUGGGCGAGAACAUCGCCGACAAUGGGGGUCUCAAGGCAGCCUAUAGGGCCUAUCAGAACUGGGUACGGAAGAAUGGGGAGGAGGAGACGCUGCCCACCCUAGGCCUCACCAACAACCAGCUCUUCUUCCUCGGCUUUGCUCAGGUCUGGUGCUCAGUCCGCACCCCUGAGAGCUCCCACGAAGGCCUCAUCACAGAUCCCCACAGCCCCUCUCGCUUCCGGGUCAUCGGCACUGUCUCCAACUCUAAGGAGUUCUCAGAACACUUCCAGUGCGCCCCUGGCUCCCCUAUGAACCCCCAUCGGAAGUGUGAAGUCUGGUAGAGGUGAAUCCAGGUGGCAGGAGACAGAUGGGGAGUUAUGGGAAGGACAGGCAGGACAAAGACCCUGGGGGGGAGGGGAGGGCCAGAGGGAGGGAAUGGAACAGCUCGCCCCAUCUGUCCAGUAUCGAGGGCAUUGCCCUGGCCCUCCUCCUUGCCCAAGCACCCUCCCUCCCCACCUUCGAAGAGCUCUCCAUGGAAAGGGGUCCCAAACCAUGGGCUUUUGGUGCCAACCAGAGAUUGGAUCCACUGUGAAAACCCCUAUAAUCGCAAAUCACUUGUGAGUCAACUCUUAAAAGGGCCAUGACAGGUGUUUGUGUGUCUGUCCGGCCUCUUGGAGACAAGGGCAAGGAAUUGGCAUCCUUGUCAGUCACUUGUCCCACCUGUGCUGGGUGACGGAUACACCCACAAACACCACAGUGUUAAGUGCUUUAAAAAUCUCUAUUUUGGGGAAAUUCAUUUUGGAACAUUGUGGAAUACACUGGAAACCUUCAGGGAAAAAUGCAUUUAAAACACUUUUUUUUUUUAAAGAAAGGAUUGGUAUAUUUAUUAUGUUUUUUUAAAUAACCUGUGGACAAGGGAAGCCCCACAGUGCCAACUCUUUUCCAGCCCCCUCCACUGGCUGCUGAGUUGAGGCAGGGGCUGGUAGUGCUGAGCUGAGACCAUGAUUCCCCCGGUUCAAGCCUCUGGGGGCCAGAGGGGCAUCCUGAGGCUUUCAGAGUAACUGUAAGAUUUCCUUUUUGGGUCUCCCCAGGAGUCCCAUUAAGUAGAGAUGAGGGUAGGAGAUCAGGAGGAGAGAUUCAAGAUGGCAAAAUCAGUCUCUGGCACUGUCCCUCCCUCCCUUUCCUUGGCACCUAAAUCCUAAAGCCCCUACCCUGUGUUCAGCCAGUGAGAGCCCUCAGCCACUGAGCAAGGGUCCUGCUUUCCCAGGAGGGGAUGGGAAUAGGGAAAAUAAUCCCAUCCACCUGUGGUCUAUUUCUAAAGGGAAUUUAUAGUAGGAGGAGAGGCUGGGGAGUGGGAUUACUUAGGUCCUCUGCAUCUUGCCAGCAGAAACCACAAACCUCCCUGCCCCAUAAAAAAGGGAUGACUGUAGCUUCAGAGCCUGGGCCUCCUAAGGCUUUAGUGCCCUUGUUUUCUUCCUCUUUGUUGUGUGAUUGAUACAUAGCAUUGCUGACUCCUGCCCUCAGCCCUUCCAAGCUCCAGGCAUUUCAGCAUCCAUCACUCUGGUCAGGCCCAUGCCAAGCCCAGCUAGAGUUGGGUCCCCUGGCUGUGCUGACAGACUGCCUAGGAUCCUGUUAGAGAAAGUAGGGGGUCAGAAAACUCCUCUUGGCUGAAACAUCCUAGCGUCCAUCCUCUUUGCCCUUGGCUGACCCUAAGCUAUCCGUGGGGCCCAGAUGACCUCUUGGGUGCUAUAGGCCUCUGGACUCCUCUUCCCCACGCCACUAAGGCCUCUGGGGUUUGUGGUUCCUGCCUCUAAGGAAGGCUGGAGUGGUUCUCCACCCUCACCCCCUACCCGCCAUGACCUUAGUACCAUCUCAGCCCAGGCCUUCAGUCCUCUAGUGCCUUAUCUAGGGCUCUGCCCUAAGGAGAACCUCUUUUUUCCACAAAGAAUUUCCACCAAGUGUCUGACUGGCUUUCAAGGCCAACCCACCCGUGUGUACACACACACACACACACACACACACACACACACACACACACUCUCUCACACAAUCACUCUAACACACACACACACACACACCUCUCCCUCUGCGUUUGGACCAAUAACCUGAGAGUCCACUGAGACCACACCCCAGGUUAACCAAGAGGCUCAAAGCUAGAACCAGCUAAAGUCUGAGGCCCCAGAAAAGCCCACCAGCCCUGAAGAAAGCACAGAACGGCCUGCACUAUCUGCUGGGUUUCCCCAUGUGGUCAAACAGUAGCUUCUUCUGCCCUGAGCUGAGGUGGUCAGGAGUUUCAGGGUGAAGGGCAACCUGCCCUGACCCCUCAGGUGGUCAGUCUCCUGGCCGCCCCGCCAAGCUGGGCAAAAAUCUGUGGCCCCAGGGGUUGGGACUCUCCAGGGACCUGGUCAUUUCUGCAGGACUUUGGGGUCUGCUAGGGAGGAGGAAAGAAGGCAGGAAGGAUUUUUAAGGCAGAAGCCCAACCUAGCUGACAUAGACCCAGUUCUAAUAAAGUCUUCUCCCUUUCUAAAAAACACAAACCCCAGCCAGCCAAUGUGACCAACCCAAGGGUUGCACAUGUCCAUCUGUCUUGGGGUGAUCGUAUCUGCUGUGUGCCCUUUGGUGACUGCUGCCUCCUUCUCUUCU